UGUGCACGCCUACAUGAGAGAAAAGAGCGAGACUCGGUUGUAUGCAGAUUUGUAUCUAUGAGAAAAAAUUUUGGUGGUUGCUUGUGUGUGUGUGUGUGUGUGUGUGUCUCCACACCUUUAGUAUCUUCGCCCUGCAUUUUUUGAUUUUUGCUGCCACACACACCAGCUCCUCAGUUCCACUGACUGUCUGUGGUCUCUACUCUUCAGCCAGCACUGGAUGAUUACAGAUUUAUUGUCUAUUGACAGGAUUUUUAUAGUUUUUCUUUAAGUUUGGGCAUAAGAGCUGGUAUUUACGUUUACCCUAUUUUUUUUUUCGUGUUGUUAUGAUGCAGUGGAAAAUCAGUCAGUUUUUCUGCGUGGAAGUUUGAUACCGCAGGAGCAAUAGAUGAUCACCACUUGACUUUUGGGCAUUUUUUUUCCAUAAAUACCAGUUAUUCAAAUCUACAGUAUGGAUUCUGUCUCUCAGAACUUGCAAGCAGAUCAAAUCUCAGAGCUGCUGAAGCCCCACAGAGUCUGUCUGGUGACGCCUGUUGUUCUGAACCACUCCAGUCACCCGUGUGACAGAUCGGCCAGCAGGUUUGUGGUGCUGAGUCUAUGGAGAGGCUACCUGAUUGUAAACAAACAACCUAUCAGGGUGGAGAGCACUUUCAGCUACCUGGAGAUUUGCUCCAUCAACAUUCACAGUCUCACUCAGAUUGUGUUGGAGACAGACAGGCAGAGUCUGUCUUUCAGUGUAUUGCACGUUGAGGAUCUUGAGGCCAUGGUCAGUCACAUGACUGCUUCGCUGAAAAGGAUUUUUCCCGAUUCCUCUCCAGGAAAGCUGCUAAAGAUGAUUCCUGCAAAUCUCGAGCAGAGACUCCUCACACAGACUGCUGUGAUAGAAGAACAGUUGAACAGUCAGCCUGGCUCUUGUGGAGGAUUCUCUGACACCUACGCUGCUCUGUGUGAUUUCAAUGAGAUGCCGUUCAGAGAGGAGAUUCAGUGGGAUAUUGACAACAUUUACUACAUCAACAACUGGAGACAGUUCAACCUGCAGGACUUCAGUCACUUAGACAGCAGGUGCAGUACAGUACAGUGCUGUUUCAUCCAGUCUUACCAUACAUACUAUUUAAAUUCUUUUCCUUUUUUUGUCAUUGUUUCCCCUUUUUCUUUUCCUCUCAGAGACCUGGCAUUAGCGGUAGCAGCUCUGUCUUUUAACCAGUGGUUUACCAAGAUCUACUGCAAAGAAAUCAAACUGUCAAUCGACAUCCAGCAGCAGCUGACCCUCUUGCUGUCCAGAUCUCCCAGUCUGAAGGAGCUCUCGCUGGAGGCCAGCGGACUCAAACUGGACUUUGCAGUUAAAAUGGCAGCUGCCCUACGGGACCACACCUCCUCUACCCUGCAAUCCAUCAACCUCUCAGGAAAUCCAAUCGAAGACAAAGGUGUAAUAGCUCUCAGUCAGGAGUUGGCGAAUCUAUCUGAAGGACUCAAGCACCUUUCACUGUCUCGGGUAUCAAUGACUGCGAGAGGUCUCGGCUGUCUCAGUCAGGUGUUGUUCUCCACCCAGCUGUUCUCAGCAACCCUGACCCACCUCGACCUGUCUGGUAACCCCAGCAGCCUGGUUUCUGAGGAGGCCAUGUUUCUCUUCAAGUUCUUGUCCAGCACUAACUCUCUGUCUCAUCUGGACCUCAGUGAUACCGGCUGCCCUCUGGAUACGUUAUUUGUGUCCCUGUCUACUGGAUGUUGUUACAAACUGAUGCACCUGAACCUGGCCAGGAAUCCUUUCAGCCACAGAAAGGUGCGGGAGGUGACCAGGAGCAUUCGAGAGUUCUUCAGUCAGAGCUGUGAACUGAAAUAUGUGGGUCUGUGUGAAACCAAGCUACCACCACAAGCUCUCAGGUUAUUACUACAGGGUCUGGCGACCAACACUCGUCUCUUUGGGCUGGAGUUGGACCUCAGCAGCUGUGAGCUGCAUUCAGCAGGGGCCCAGGUGAUACAAGAGCACAUUUCUGAAGCUACAGCUAUCAGAAGUCUGAACAUCUCUGACAAUGGUUUUGAGAAUGACCUGGUGACUCUGGUCCUGUCUGUCGGCCGAUGUCACUCUCUUCGGCACCUUGCACUGGGGAGAAAUUUUGCCAUGAAGUCAAGACCUCUCACUGAUGUUCUUCAUCGUAUAGCCCAGCUCAUUCAGGAUGAAGAGUGUCCCUUGCAGUCUCUAUCACUGUGUGACUCCAAGCUGAAAACGGGGAUGCACAUCCUGCUGAGCGCUCUAGGUGGCCAGGCUGCCCUGGCUGAAGUGGACAUCAGUGGAAACAAUAUCGGAGACACUGGAGCCAAAAUGCUGGCCAAAGCACUGAUGAGCAACACCAGACUUAGGAGUCUAACAUGGGACAGAAACAAUGUAACUGCCAGAGGUUUCCAGGAUGUGGCUGAUGCCUUGGAAAGGAACUUCACUUUGCAGCACGUGUCUCUCCCCCUGGCUGACAUCACACAAAGUUACCGCAGCAACCCUGACAGAACAAAAGAGGCCCUGCACAAGAUUCAGCAGUGUUUAGACAGGAACAACCAGCAACGGUCUGAUAGAGGAGAACGUCAGCAAGUAUUUAGAGCUCAACAAUCUGAAAAGCUGGUCAGGGGUUUGUGUCGGCAGCUGGAGGACAGCCUUCAGCAUUUAAAACACUGCAACAUUCAGGAGGUCCAAGCUGACAUCCUGGCAGCGCAUGAGGUGCUGCACAACACCAGGGAGUCUUUGAAGCUGCUUCCCUCUCUGUAUGAGGCAGGCAGGGAGUGUGCCCCUGAUGGAAACUUAGUGAACUGCACCCUCACUGACGCUGCCACUGCACUCUCUGAUGAGUUCACUGGACGCAUACAGGAGCUGGCUCAAAGCCUGAUGAGGUGUGCAGAGGCAGCGUGUCCACGGGUUGUCCAGCGGUCUAGCGUUUGCGAGUGUCUGUCAGAGUGUGUGUCCAGAAGAAGCAGACAGAUACACACAUUUCUGAGAAGCUCUCUGGUGGAGAACACAGGACAGAUGAUCAGCAACAGACUGCGUGAACUGAGACAAUCACUGAGUGUCUCUCUGGCUGAGAGCAUCUUAGAGCAGGUACUGCAGGAUCUGACAAGCGCACAGGGCAAAGUGGAUUGCCUUAUAAAGGAAAAUUCAUGCCUGGCUCUGAGAACCAACGUCCCAGAGAUCAGACUGGUCGACGGCAUCUUCCCAACUGAUGAUUACAGUCCAGCAUUCUGGAGAAACAGUUUCCACUCCAAGAGCCUGAGGCCUGCCCUGUCAAUUAAGAGUCUCCUGGAUGCAGACUGGGAGCAGCAGACCAGGGACAGAGGAGCAGAGAGAGAGACGGAAGGAGGUUCUGGAGAGGAAGGAGGAGGAGAAGGAAGGUGUGGUCUUGCUCGGUUGCCGACAGCAACCCCCCUGUCAGUCAGAGCUUCAAGCCCCUCCCUUUCCCCUUACACUUCCCCGUCCCCCUCCCCCCCGGGACAGAGGCAGAGGAAGGGGGAGGUGGCAGCAGUGGAUGCUGCAGCAGCAUCAAGAGCAAGAGGAGCAUCAUCCAUUCCUCCUCCCAGUCUCCCUCUCCUUUACUCCAUCUCUGCUCAAGCACCACGAGAGGAGGCUGUUGGCCGUGGAGGCUUACCCAGACGAGAGGCUCCCUUCCCUGGCUGCAGCCACAGCCCAGGCCCCCUCCCCAGCUCUGGAUCCCCCGCUUCUCCCAUGGAGCCUUUACCCACCCAGGGACAGACUCUAAGGCACUACACUGCCUCCCGACCACGGCCACGACGCACACACACACAGCCCCCCUCCUCCAGGCCUCAGGAGCCUGUUUCAAAGGUAGAAAAUGAGGCCGAUGAGGGGAUGGGCAGAGUGGAUGAAGGAGUCGAGGAGUUCUUCACCAAGAAAAUCAUCCCUGACUAUGCACUAAAAGGCCGGUGGGAGGAGUCAAACCCUGCCCAAGCCACUCCCCCAGAGUCAAGCUCCACCCCCACAGCCUCAACCCCCUUUUCCUCUUCGUCUGACAAUAUCACCUCCACUACCACCAUCACUGUCACUUCUCCCUCUGUCCCGUCUACUAACACAUCCUUUACAUCCACUGAUGUACCACCCCUUUCUACAUCCUCCGCUCGCCCUGCCUCCUCUUCUUUCACCACCAACACAACCACACUUCCCACCAAAAACAUCAAGAAAAAGUUUGGCGACUUCUUCGCCUUCAAGAGGGCUCGAACGGCUCGAAAGGCAGGAGGGGGAGAGGGAGGAGGAUAUGGGGUGAAGGUCAAAAGAACCUCCAUUGCAGACCUCAUUCGACCCCUCCGUGAGGCCAAAGAAAGGGAGAGAGAGAGGGAGAGGGACAAGGAGAGAGAGAAGGGGAGAGGGUCAAGGUCAGAGGAGGAUGCUAACGUUUCUAAUGAUGCCACCACCACAGAAGGAACCGUUGCCACCAGCCACCAUCUUGCAGGAGAUGCGAGGGAAAUGAUGGUGCCUGCCAAGAUAUUAGCCACGAUGACGCCUCCCUGUAAGACCACUUCCUCUUACCCCACCAUUGCGACAAGCCAUGAUGUCCCGACUGCUGCGCUGUCCAACCUGGAAGAAGAGGCAAUUUUUGUCUUGCCAGGUCGCGCCCCCAGUCCUGUGGUCACUUCCCCUGUAACUGAGCAAGAGAGGAGCAGCAUGCUGAUGAAGAACAUGAAACUGGGAGGGACUCCAUAUGAAGAGAGGAGACUGAAGGUGACCAAGAGGUCACUGAGGGAGGGCAAGAGUCAGAGUCUCAUACUGCUGACCGGACUAGAGCCUGAACACAAGGAUGACGCACACAGUAAGCAACAUGCAUCUGAGGGCACAUCUAGUUUUGAGCAGAGGCUUCAGGUGAUGCUACACAGAAUGGGUGUGGCCAAGACACCACCUGCAGACACCAAGACGAGCCAGAAUAAAGAUGAGGAGCUGAGAAAGGCCAACUCUGAAGGUGCUAUCCUGGAUAAACCUGAACCACCUCCCACAUACAUGAAGCCCAGAACUAUGUCAACUUCAUCAGCAGACCCCAGGCAUCCUAUGAGAGCUCUGGACACCAUCCGAGCAGACCAUCCCCUGAAGCCCGCCCUCCCUGAGCGUCCCGCUGGCCCUCUUCCACCCAAACCUGCCAUUGCUGCCAAGCCUCCUAUCCCCACCCCUGCUGCUCUUGCAGGAGGAGUUUGUCCCUCCUCUGCUCCUCCCUCCAGCAGCUCAGCAGAAAGCAUUCAGCUCAGACCACACACACAUGAUGCCAAACCAGGGGAAACUACAGCACAGAAUGGCAGCCAGGAGGGUCCCCGGGCUGCAACCACAGCUUUGUCCCCCAGGAAAGAGCUGCUUCCUCCAGCACCAUCUCCAAGGAGAAGUCCCAGCACACAGGAUCGCUCUGAGAAAGCACAAUCGGCGACUGAUGAGAGUCUUCCUAAGCCACGCCAACACAUGAAGCCCCUUCCACAACGCAGGGCUGUGUCCGUGCAUGAGGAGGCUUUGGCCAUGACACAAGAGCUGAAGGCAGUGUUACAGAGGUCACCCAUCCGUAUCCGGGGCACCAGAGGGGAUCUGCCCAUCUGCACUGAAGAUCCAUCUGGUGUGGAAGAAGCACACAGAGGUCAUAAAGCCAGUGACGUGGUUAAAGGGACAGCUGAAGAGGCGGCUGUCCAGAAGGAGGAGCUGAAGGUGGAGAGAGGAAGGACAGGCUAUGGAGGGAUAGCUGAAAACAGGCACCCUCCCCCAGGAGAGGAUGAAGCUCCAAGCUCAGGGUGUCCCUCCUCUACAGCUCAGACUCAACAAGAAGUAUCAGUUCCCCGACUUUUUGGUCUAGCUGCAGCCCUCGACAAAGCUCCAUCCAUCCCAGAGAGGCCUCCAGCACUAACCCAAACUCUGGAAAAGCCCCCUGUAACCCCCACAUCUCAGAAAAGGAGCCCCAGCACAGCCCCAGAUGCAUCUUCAUCUCCAGAAAUCCCCCAAAGGCGUCCUUUGUCCCAAAAGGUCCCUGGCACAGUGGAUCUGAGAAACAGCACACAGGAGAAAGGAGAGUCAGUGUCUAAACAGCACACAAUGAAGGCAGAGCCAGCAGACCAAAGAACUGAGCCCCCUCUGUCUGAAUAAUACACACAGACUGAUUACCCGGGAAAAAAAAGGCACACCUAGGAGAGAGAGGAGGAAGGGGCACAUGACAUCACUGAGAUCAGGAACUGAGAGACUAUACAGGGCGCAGCUAACAUCUGUACAGUUGGUAUAUUGGCUGUUUGGGGUGAAUAAACACAGACUGCACAAAUGGCCCAGUGGUCAAAUUUAUGCUGGAACAAUAACAAUUUUGAAUGUUCAAGACAACUGAACAAAUGUGAUCUGCUGGCCAUUACCUGUCUGAAGUUUUGAGUUGAUUAGAAGUGCCUAAUGGCACCUGUUUUAGUUUGUGUGAGGCUUGCGUUACGUGUUCAAAUUGGCCACCGAGUUGUUCUUUGCAGUCCAUGAUUAUUUACCCCAAACUUCAAAUGUACUGAUGUAAGCAUAUCUUGUGUUGACGGUUCCUCCUCUGAAUGAUGUCCUAAAAUUACCAGGAUAUCUGUUAUUUUGCUCCAGAUUCACUAUUUUCUCAUCUCUUUUAGACAAUUAGAUUCAACAUCUGCAGAGACCAUCCAAAGAUGUUGAGUCUGAAAUGGGACACAGCUAGUAUCAGCUAAAUGACUAAACUGACAACAGCAUCAGCUGAGUGGUUUUCAAAUCUUUAUUGUAUACUCUCCACAAAAGGAUGCCAGCUGUUUUGGAGGGAGGGGUUUCCGCCCCCCCAACCAAUCACUGUGACAUCCAUCCACUCAGUGUCAUUUUUCAGUCAAGACAGAGGCUGUGUUAGUGUUAGCAAAUUGUCAGUUAGGUUUUACAAUGCCAAUAGAGUCAUCUGUUUUUCAACAUGUCAGGCAUGUUCACUGAACUACUUACUACUAUUACUGAGGUCCUGCAGUUUAUGUCACACUUUCUUACAGGCCCCACACUGGCAGACGAAAAGUAAGCUUUCUGUCCUGCUAGCGCUAAGACGUGUUAAUACUGAUUGCUGAGAUAGUUUGUUUUUUUUUUACCACUCUGUCAGACACACAUUGUGCAUGCAUUAAUAGAAGAAGUACUGUACCAAACCCAUUUCCUUUCAAUAAACAUCAGUGAUAUUUCUGGAUAUCUGUAAGUAAUAGUGCCAUGUUCAGGGAGAUAAGAUAAAGUCACAACAAAAGGACGGACCAUUAGAGGUUUAAAGUUGAGAGCCCACAGAGCUAACUAGGCUUUGCCAUGAUAAUAUUAGUGAGUUUCCAAGUGAUUCUACAAGUUCCGUAGCAAGUAAAACUACAUCUGAAACCCCAUUGUACCAUUUUAACUAUGCUCAGAGGAAGUAUUUAGUGGAGUGUGGUUGCCAUAGUCACAUUAACUAAUAAAGGAACAGAUAGGGAUCAUUGUGUGUAAUGAACCUGAGGUCAAGUAUAAGGAGUAUGAACUCACCAUCAUCAGGACUUUCCAUUAUUGUAGUUUUUGUUUCUUUUUUCCAUUACUUCAGCAGUGUAGGGGGAUUCUUCACCAGGUCAUUAGACCCAGCUGUUGUCAGUAUGAAUACAUUCUACUGUUAUUAGGCAUAUAGACCAUAGAGCAGGGGUAAUAAUUUCCUAUUAUUAUCACUCUGUUAUUUUAGCUGUUUAGAGCUCAGGUUAAAGAGAUUAGAAACAAUGAAUUAUUGUUUCUGGACUUGUGUAACAUCACUGUAGGACCUCAGGACCACACGGUGACAAUUCCUCUUUAUUGUGCAAUGUCACUGUGCAUUCUAAGCUCUGUUACCUCUGUUUCUUUAUUUUCCAUUAAAACCAUCAAGCAAUAAAGCAACAAUAUGCUUUGCGAUUUCCUCACAUUCUAGUGGGGCCAAACGAUAAAUUUAACAUUUUACGAAACCAAAAGGUUGCACAGCAAAAAUCAGUUUGUUUUAAAGAAAUGCCUCCAGUGUAAUGUUCUCAUUUUUCAUUUUCACUCCAUUUACAACACUGUUGAUAAUUGCGUCAGUUUCAUCAAUACUUGUCACCUUUUGUUUGGAUUCUGCCGCGCACAGUUCAGAGAUUAUUUUAACUGAAGCAAUUGCUUUUCCAGCAAUUCAGUGCACAGAACCAGACUUUUAAAUGAGUCAGUAAAAUUCCAGAUAUCUGAGGCAUCUUGGCACUAUGGAAUCAGGCUACAUUUAAGCUACGUAACGCUGAAAAUGUUGCUUUAAUUUGAUGGUUAGUCAUUUAUUUAUUUAUUUUUAUUAUACCUUCCAAUUUUUCUUGCAAAUUCCGCUCUCACUAUAGAGAUGAGGUGGCCCCUAAGAACCAACAUUUACAUUUAAAAACUACCCUUUUGUGUUAUUUUGUUAUAAUUAAAUAUUAAUUUAAAUAUUAUAUGUUUAUGCCUACCUAUUUUAUGUCAAAUCGAUUUCCUUCGCACUGUUUUCUAGACUAGUCUCAUCAUGCCACGUGUGAGAAAAUGUUCCAGUUUUUCUUUUGCCUUUUUAAGAAAUUUUCACAUUAAGCCUUUUGAAAACUCCACAUUAACACAUGGGACACUAAAGCGCUGCAUGUUUCUUAAUAUUUCUGUGGAAUCACAUAAGUAUGUGAAAGCUAGAUCAGUUCAACUUCAAUCACUUCUAUAAGCAGCCAUAUAUGUAUUUACCAUGGCCAUCAUAUCACAGGAGGACCAGAUAAGAUCUCAAGAUACAUUCUAUCCAUCAAACUAGGGUGGUUGUGGAGAACGGUGUGUGUUUUUUAAGAGCAGACCUCAGUUCAGCUCCCUGUGCUGUCAGCAACCUGAGCCUUUGUCUCAUCCUAGGGGAGAAUUUAUUUUUUACCGUCAUGUUUUAUCUCUGCCUUGCACGCACAGAAUAUGUACAAAACUACAUAAAGCAAACAAAAACAAAGUUAUGAACAGAGUGUAAAUCCAUACCUAUAAUUGUUAAUAAUAAUUAAAAUGAUGAGUUAUGUCAUAA